AUGUUUAGGAAGAAGAAUUUCCGUCGCAGGCAGGACGACGACGACGACGGCGACGGCGGCGACGGAGGCGACAAAGGCGAUGCGCGAAACGGCGGGACGGCCGCCGCGAAACCCGCGGCGCUUGCAAAGCCCGCAGCUUUCAAGACCAGUAACAAACCGAAGGCGACUCCGGCGGCGACUAAGGCGACACCUUCAAGCUUGCUUAGUUUCGCAGCCGACGAAGACGGAGAGGGCGACGACGGCGGGCCUUUCGGCAUGGCGAUCACCAUAGGGGGCAGAUCAAAACCUAGUUCGAAAGAAUCUAAGGCGAAAUCCAGAUCGGUUGGAUUCGGUACGGGGCAUGGGGAGGGGCAUAGGGUGAACAGGGAUAAGAAGGGGCGGGAUGAGCGGAAAGCGCGCGAGGAGAAGCGGGAGGGCGGGAAGGGCGGCGGCGGAGUGGUGGUGGGGGGACCGUCCGCUGGCGGCGCGCUGAACGUGGUGCCGCAAUCGGGGGAAUACACCAAGGAGAAACUCGCGGAAUUGGCGCGCAACACCAUGCGCAUUGCAGCGCCUUCUUCCGCCUCCAGGCGCACCCCCCCUCCCCCUUCCGCCUCCAUCGCUGCAGCAGGCGCAGCCCUGUCCUCCACAGUCACCCCGCCUUCCCUCUCCGAACCUCUCAUCGUGCUUCGGGGAUCGCUCAAACCCGCAGGUUCGGCAGCAGCCGAACCAGAGGCCGGAGCUACUGGCGCGUGGGGGUAUGGGGGGGCAGUGGGGGGCGCGGGGGGAAUGGGAGGGGCGAGGUCGAUAGUGGCGGAAGGGGAUGAAGUGAUGAAGUUUCUCCGGGAGGGCCUGGCAAGGCUGCAGGCCUCGCAGUCCAAGGCUGAGCGGGAGGCUCGGGAGGCGGAGGAUCGGCUGGUGGCGGCGGCAGAGGAGGUGUUGGAGCUGGAGAGAGCAAUGAAGGGCGCUGAGAGCAAGUACCGCUUCGUGCAGGAUCUCAGGCAAUACGUGGCCGUGCUGUGUGACUUCCUCAAGGACAAGGCAGCUCUGAUAGAGGAGUUGGAGGAGUCCCUUCAGCAGCUGCAGGAGGAGCGCGCCAACGCAGCGUUCGAGCGCCGCCGCGCUGACCUGGCGGAUGAGCUGGCGCAAGCAGAGGCUGCCACGUCAGCAGCGGCAGCAGUAAUGGCGCAGGGGGCGGGGACGGUGACGGCAGCGGCAGCGGCGGCAGCAGCGGCAGACGCGGCAGACGCGGUGGUGGAAGGGGGAGGGGCUGGGGGAGGGCGGGUGGAGCUUGAUGAGUUUGGAAGAGAUGUGAACCUGCAGAAGCGGUGA